AUGGCUAAAAAAUAUGCAAUUGAAUCAUUUGAUGCAAUGCUUCGUGAUAUUCUAGAUUGUGAUACUAUAUUUGGUGGCAAAAUCAUUGUCUUUGGUGGAGAUUUUCGACAAACUCUCCCUGUUGUUCGAAGAGGUCAGAAAGAGGAUUAUAUAUCUGCAUCACUUGUCAACUCUUACAUCUGGCCUCAUUUACAAAAAAUGCAUCUAACUAAAAAUAUGAGAGCUAGAUUGGAUCCUCAGUUUUCUGAUUUUUUGUUCAGAAUUGGGAAUGGGACAGAACCAACAUUUGGAGACAGCAAAAUUCAACUGCCACUAUCUAUCCUGAUUCCUUUCGUGAAUGAUGUUGUUUCCCUCAAUCAGUUAAUAAGUGUUGUCUAUCCAUCACUCAAUGAUUUCAUUCACAAUAGCUCAAGUGUCACCAAUAGAGCCAUUCUUACUACAACAAACGACUUUGUCCAUGAUGUAAAUAACCUUUUGAUUCAAAGAUUUCCUGGUCAAGAAACAAGAUACAUGAGUUUUGAUGAAACACUUGAUCCCUCAAAGCAAGCUGAUCACGGAGAUUUUCUGAACACUAUCCAACCACCAGGAUUGCCACCUCACGAGUUAAUCCUAAAACCUUGUUGUCCUAUAAUUCUUCUCAGAAAUUUGAAUCCCGCCCAAGUGACUAUUAACAAAUCACAGGGGCAGACACUUGAUUUUGUUGGAAUAUAUUUAAAAGAACCAGUCUUUUCGCAUGGCCAGUUGUAUGUUGCAAUGUCAAGGGCAAGAACUGGAGAAAAACUAAAGAUACUUCUAAGACCAGUUGUGCUUGAAUGCAUUGCAGAUAGUAGUACACGAAACAUUGUUUAUGAAGAAAUAUUUGCAGCUGCAACUGCUACUUAA